AUGGCAGAAAUUAUCCCGGUAACGGAGUUCCCGGACUAUGCUGUCGACCCAACAGGCGGCAACCCCAUAACACAUGAUCUCAAUGCGCCUUAUGACAAGGGCGACCUCUGCUGGCUGCUGGUAUGCACUAUUCUAUGCUGGCAGAUCACGCCGGCCAUUGGUUUUCUCUAUGCCGGAAUGCAUCGUAGGAAAGCCGCAAUGACGAUGAUACUGCAGUCUCUUUUUUGCGCUUGUGUUUGUGGGCUGCAGUAUUGGCUUUACGGCGCCUCGUUAUAUCAAUCACGAACCACGAAUCCUAUCCUUGGCGACGUGUCACAGGCGGCCUUUCACAAUAUCUUGGCAUCUCCAUCCUUUGCAAACAAAGAUAUUCCGGAUAUCUUAUAUGCUGCUUUUGGGUUUACCUUCGUUACGGCGACGGCAAUGAUCUUGGCUGGCGCGAUGCUCGAGCGUGGCCGUCUGGGUCCCAGCAUGCUGUUCCUCCUUUGCUGGACAACCUUCGUUUACUACGUUCUGGCAUAUUGGGAAUGGAACCCCAGCGGCUGGCUUUAUCAGCUCGGCCUUUACGACUUCGCCGGCUCCGGCCCCGUACAUAUCGCUAGCGGCUUCGGAGCCCUUGCAUGGUCCAUGAUGCUGGGUCCUCGUAUCGACGACAGCGGCGCAACAAACAAGAGGCAUAUGCCCCAUUUCAAAGCACACGACCCGCUGCUCAUGGUCCUCGGUACCGUUCUCAUUUGGUUUGGAUGGUUUGCUUUCAACGGCGCCAGUACCGCAAACCUUAGCCUGCGGUCCAUUUACGUUGUCGUGAACACCAACUUUGCUGCCUGUGGCGGUGGCGUGACCUGGGCUGUAUUGGACUACAUCUACAUCAAGAAGUUCAGUCUGGUUGGCCUUUGCUCCGGCAUAAUCUCGGGUCUGGUUGGAAUCACACCCGCAGCUGGCUACGUACUCGUAUAUGUAUCGCCACUGGUUGGCAUACUUACAGCAGUCUGCGCUUUUUACACAGUCAGAUACCAGCAUCUCUUUCGCGUGGACGAUGGCCUUGAUAUUUUCGCGAUUCACGGUGUUGGCGGGUUUGUCGGUGAUAUACUGACCGGCAUCUUUGCCCACAAGAUGGUUCCUGCUCUUGACGGAGUCAGCGGGGACACAUACGAAGGUGGUUGGUGGAACGGCAACUUCAGACAAAUGGGUCUGCAGCUGGCUGGUGCGACAACUUGUGCCGCCUGGUCCUUUUUUGUCUCAUGCAUUUUGCUGUUCGCCAUCAACAAGAUCCCCGGCAUGCGUCUUCGUGCUAGCGAAGAGGACGAGAUGAGAGGUCUUGACUUUGCGUAUAUCGACGACGUCAUCUCGGAUUAUGAUGGCGGCAAUAUGGUUAUCCAUAAUGGCCAGGUUGUCGAGACACCGAGACCUGCUAGUUAUUCCAAGAGUGCCUAG